ACAAAAGAGCUCGUGCAAACACAAUAACAGCCCCGAUGACCAUUGGCUACCAAACUGGCAAAGAGUUCGAAGCCGACUUCACUUGGCAAAUCAAGCAAGAGACUUUGGGCUUUAUGGUCACCAUUAACUUCAACAUCCCUAUGAGUGACGUCACGGCAUACACGGCAAGCUUUCACAAAAAAGAGAACAACGGUCGCAGAUGGAUCUUUGUCAACACGGUGAACGGACCCGGGCCAGGCGCUAACACAGCGUUCAGACUCCAGUUCAAAGCAACAAUCGCUGGCUCUACAACCACCAAACCCACUGGAAGUGCCGUCUUCGAGAACAUGGGCAUUGACAACUGGUCCGUUCCUACAGCACAUGACAACGAUCAUUCAAAAUACAACUAUAAUGACCUGCUCUACAAGUCCAUUUUGUUCUACGAGGCUCAACGCUCCGGAAAACUCCCUAGCAACAACCGCAUUCCCUGGAGAGGAGACUCGGCGCUCGGUGACAAAGGGGCAAAGGGCGAGGAUCUGACCGGAGGCUGGUAUGAUGCUGGUGACGAGGUCAAGUUCAACUUCCCCAUGGCCUACAGCACCACGGUGCUCACCUGGGGUUAUCUCCUCUACCCGGAUGCCUACAGGGCAGCAGGGCAGGAGGACAAGAUUCUGGACUGUAUUAAAUGGCCCUUGCAAUAUCUGCUCAAGUGUCACACAGGGCCCAAUGAGCUGUAUGUGCAGGUGGGAAAUGGCAACCUUGACCAUGCCUCCUGGGGCCCACCAGAACAGAUGACCAUGGCCAGACCGUCUUACAAAAUCACAGCAUCCAAACCUGGCAGUGACGUUGCUAUGGAAACUGCAGCAGCUAUGGCAGCAGGCUACUUGGCUUUCAAACAAAAAGACGUCCAUUUCGCCAACACCCUCCUUCAACACGCCAAACAGCUGUGGGAGUUUGCCAUCAACCACAGGGGCAAGUACAGUGACUCUGUACCAGAAGCUCAUGAUUUUUACGCUUCCAAUGACAUAACGGACGAGCUGGCCUGGGGCUCUCUGUGGCUGUUCAAGGCUACAAGAGAUAAUAAGUACAUGGUAGAGGCAAAGAAACACUUCGACCCUGCUCCUGGAUGGGGCCAGUCCUGGGAUGAUAAAACCGUCGGAAACCAGAUCCUCUUCUACAAGUUGUCCAGCGCAGCAGAAAAGCCCAAGUACAAGAACGCUAUCAUCGGCACAUUCAAGUCGUGGUUCCCCGGUGGUGACAUCCCGUACACACCCAAGGGCCUGGCCUUCCGUUUGGUAUGGGGCUCAUUGCGUUACUCGUCCAACAUGGCUAUGCUUGCUCUGGUGGCCGCUGACGCGGGUAUCAACUCCCGGGAGUACCGCCACUGGGGUAUGUGCCAGAUCCACUACGCGCUGGGAGACGCGGGUCGUAGCUUUGUCGUUGGCUUCGGUCAUAAUCCUCCUGUGAGCCCACAUCAUAGAGCUAGCUCCUGCCCAAGACUGCCUGCCCACUGCGGCUACUGGAUGAAGGAUAAAUCCGCCCCUGGUGUCCACACUCUUUAUGGCGCUCUGGUGGGCGGCCCCGGAUCUUCUGAUAACUACAAGGACGAACGAGGCAACUUCCAGAACAACGAAGUGGCUACAGACUAUAAUGCUGGGUUUACCACAGCUGUGGCUGCUCUGAAGCAUCUGUACGUUAAGAAACUCCACCCCGAGCAGACAGGCUCUGCCAGUUGCCCCUACAGGGCCGCCCACUCCGUCGUCGGAUGAAAGGUCAACAACAGUACAAUUGUUACCUCUGGAUAGGAAAUCACUUGUUCUUGACCUAGAAUAAAUGAAUGUUUGGAAAUUAAAAGAUUGAUAAUUUUUGAAAAA